AUGUCUACCAAUUCCGUCCACGUCUCUUUCCAGAGGAGAGAAGUUAUUGCUGGGUUGCGCGACCUGGUGUUGCUGGUGGGUUUAGUCGCCUGGUGGCUCGGGAUGAGUGAGCUUAAGAAGUAUCGGCCAAUUGGCCUGAUACUUCUACCAUAUGUCCUCAUGCGGUGGAAGUGGUGCGCCACCCCAUAUGGUACACGGGUGUUCGGCGCUGUCUUUGCCACCGACGCUCCUCCUCCCACCGCCCGCCAAGCCCAGUCCCUCGCCGCCACUGUCCUACCCACCUUCGCUGUCUGGUGUUUGCUUCUGUGCUGUGAGGUGUUGGCAAUAGUCAACGUGGUCCUGGUGCUCUGCCUCUUCAGAGAUUUGCCUGUCGUCUCCGAGCUCCUCUCGGAGCUGUUCGAGGGAAUCCCUUGCCCCAACCCCAACCCCGACCUCGAGGCCAACGACCCCUCCCUCGCCCCUCCGGCCAUCGACGCCCCCCCCCCGAACGCUGGCCCCGCCCAAGUGCCGCCUGAGGUCCAGGCCCAGCUGGACAGAAUGGAAGCCCUGCUCACCUCCCAAGCGGAGGCUUCCACUGUCCUACCCUCCUUAGCUCUGUGGUGUUGUCUUAUGUGCUGUGAGAGGCUGGCAAACGUCAACCUAGGCCUGGUGCUCUUCCUCCUCAAAGAUUUGCCUGUCGUCUCGGACCUCGUUUCACAGGUGAUCGGGAGAGUUUGA